GAUUGUCAAUUGGUUGUUAAUGGAAACAACUGUUCUUGGUUUUAUCUUUUAUUUAUUUGUCUGUUUGUUUUCGUUUGGCCGGCAUUGUAUGUCAUACACAAAUUGCAGCUGUGUGUUUUGCAUAUAAGUUUCGCUUGAGAUUCAAUUACCAUAAACUUUUCAAAAAGGAAAGAAGAAAAUAGGGCAUAUUUUACAAGGGAUGGUGUGUUGAACUAUUUGGGGUUGUUGGAGAAUCAAAGUGCACAAAUCUCCAUUCAUGCAUUCAGUAUGCUUGUGAUUCUAGCAUCAUCAGUCAUUUCUAUUUCUUUUCUGAAUCUGUUGAGUAGGUCUUCUUACAAUUAGUAUAAUUUAUAACAAGCGUGUUCAUGAACAUGUAAACAAGAAAAAUUUCCUAGUUAUGUGGUCGACACAAAGAUUGCCAUUCCUGUAACUAAGAAAACAAGUUUCAUUGUAUAUACCCAAUCUUUAGUAUAGUAUGAAUUCAUUCUCAUGCAUCAUCAAUAGAGCUGGGAAUUACUACAUACCAAAGUGGAAACUAAGAAAGUGAGCUUAUUUGUUUGGCAUUGUUGUGCCUUGGUUCUUUUAAUGUUGGUGGGGACAUGGGAGAUCAUCGAUUGCAAUGAUUUGCAUAAAGGAAGAAGGUCUCUCCUUACCCCAACAUCUUUAGUAUCGCAGUGAUAGAAAGUUAACCUCUGGUUUGAGGGUCUCCAAGGCCAAAAGAUGAGUCUUGCAUGCCUGGUGUGCCACAGUGUGGAAAGUCCAUCACACUCUUUCCGGAGUUACUCUGUUUCAAGCUCAGAUAACGAGGGAAGAUGUUCAGCUGUUGCUAACUGCUUAGCAAGGAAGACAUCUCUACCAUCUGCAAGACCAGCUAUAACAACGACCUCCAAAGUGGCCCCACAACCAAAUUUUCAAAACAGCGUUGGAAUGGCAGGUCCGCCACGUCUGGUGCGUAGUCGUGCUGUUAGGAGGGAUCUUGUGAGAGACUGGAACUUUGAAGAGGUUGUGAUGGAACGCUAGUUUGCUUAGUAUGAGGUGCAAGACUGUGGGGGCUCUCUCCAUUUGGGCUCUCUAUUUUGUAUUAGUAUGCAAAAACUGAACUUUUCAGCAUAUGUAACACACUGAGUAAAGAUUAUUGAAUGUGAAGAACAUAUCACAUGUCCUAUGUCUCCUGCCUUAUUUGUUUAGGUGUUUUGGUACAGCAUGGGCAUGGCUGACAAUCUGCACAGCUUCCUCAACCCACUGCAAAUUUGGGUUAGACAGGUGGAAGCCAGCAAGAUUGGCUCUGCUCAGUCCUCGUUAGACAGCAUUCGAAGUUAGUUUUAUUAUUGUCCUCAAUUGUGCCAGCUGGGGCAGUCCACUUCAUCUGCCUUUUAUCUUUAUUUUUCAUUUUGAUGUAUGAUGAUAUGGUUCAGAUUGAAAUUAUAGAUUUUUGUUGUAACUGAAUACUAGUGGAAACUGAAUUUUGGGGAUGAACCCCACACCCAACACUCAUAAUUUAGUCUAAUUCCAAAGUUUCAAACUUUAA